AUGACACUUUUCGAACCAUCCACAUCGGGUUUUCGAUUAGGUUAUCGAGGUUUGUUUUUUCAUCCGGGGGAUUUGAUAUUAAAAUCAGAAAACUAAAACCAUGAAUUCUUGCAGGAUCAUCAGUUUCGUCGUCUGGAGUUGUAUCCGGAUCAUCGGGAGUCAGCAGCGGCGGACUUAUGACACAAUCCAUAAAUGGAGGCCCCGGCAAACAUUUGUCCGCCUCACACUCAACCCUCAACACAGUCGAUUCGAUCACACAACAAGUGUCGAAGAUGCCAAAAUCGCCGAGUAACGAGAGUUUGAGCAGAUCGCACACAUCGUCAUCGGGCGGAAGUCAAGGAGGACACAACUCAAAUUCCGGAUCAAAUUCGGUGAGUUUUAGACUGGGAAAAUGCUGGGGGCACAUAAGUCAAGCGUGUUUCCGGUUGUUGAGAAAUUGCGAAAUAAUAUCUGGCAAGGAGAUUUAUGUUUUCUUCUGAUCACGAUUCUUUUGUCAAAAACUGCAAGCUCAACUUUCAAUAUGAGUUAUGACGUGGCAACUUUCCGUGAGUUAACUAGUUUCAGAAAAAUUCAUGGUCUGAAACUUGUUAACUCCCAAUUUCUGGAAGUUUGCCACGUCAUAAGUCAUAUUGAGAGUUGAGUUUUGCAGUUUCUGACAAUGGAAUCGUAAUCAGCGGCUCAAAAGCUACUCUACAACAUAUAUUCCUUUUGUGAAACAUCAAGCAGCACAAAUCCCUGAUUUUUAUCAUAUUUUUCUUGACAUUUAUCAAAAUCAUCUCAAUUAUGAAAUCACGAUGUUUUUUGUUGUCUAGACUUUGUUUUUCUCAAUACAAAAAAUACGAAUUUGCAAAAUAUGUGUGAUAACUCGAAAAACAAGAGCAUUGAUGCAGAAUUAAGUUUCAAAAAAAGUUGCUGAAAUUAGAGCUUCAUUUUAGUCGAAAACUACAAGAUUUUGUUGAAGUUCAUGGGGGUUUUCUCUGACGCAAAUUACCGUAAACUUAUUCGACAAACUCUAAAAAAUCGCUCUGAAAAUGUGAAUAAAAAGUAGUGAAAAAUACAAUUUUUGUGGGGACUACUGUAGCUGUGUAGUUCUUGCCCACUCACUCUCACCUACCGCCCAUUUUUAUUCUCAUUUUCAUUUACUCAUUCUGACUGAAAAAUGCUGAAAUUCCUAAUUUUGGUGAAAAAUUCGGCGAAACAGCGAGCUUAUAUGGUUUUCAGUAGAAAGUUGAAGAGACGGAGAAGAAAGGUAGAGAAUUUUAAUUUUUUUUGAAUCUAGGAAUUAAGCUAACUCUGAAAGUGAGUUGCCACGUCAUAGCUCAUAUUCAUAAUUGAGUUGAGCGAAAAUUUGAAUUUCCCGCCUAAGGAACUUGAAAAUUAGAAUUUUAAGUCAAAAGUUGGCUAAUGCGCUCUGUUGCGAAUUUUUGAGAAAUUCAAAAUUUUAAUGACUCUAAAUCUUUGUAGAGAAAAUCAUGAAAUAUUCCCGGUUUAGCCUUAUUCACCUUAAGUACACUAUAAAAUUUUUAAUAGUCUAACUGUACUUUGGUAGCCGAAUUUUCAAAAAUCUAUUCUGAAUUAAAAUUUGUUGCAGGGUUUCCGACCCGAAGACGCUGUGCAGACGUUUGGCGCCAAAUUGGUGCCGUUCGAGAAGAAUGAGAUUUACAACUAUACUCGAGUGUAUUUCGUUGGUUCACACGCCAAAAAGCAAGCGGGCGUGAUUGGCGGCGCCAACAAUGGUGGCUACGACGAUGAGAAUGGCUCGUAUCAAUUGGUGGUUCAUGAUCAUAUCGCGUAUCGUUAUGAGGUUUUGAAGGUUAUCGGAAAAGGAUCGUUUGGACAGGUAUGAAUGGGAUUCUCUUUUUUCUUUUUGUGGUUUUAAUGGCCAAUUUUUAUUGACAUUGGAUGGGAGUGUUGUAAGAGAUCAAAAAACCCUAUGUUUUUCUAGGUUAUCAAGGCUUUUGAUCACAAAUAUCAACAUUAUGUGGCACUGAAAUUGGUGAGAAAUGAGAAGCGAUUCCAUCGACAAGCCGAUGAGGAAAUCAGAAUAUUGGAUCAUUUACGUCGACAAGAUGCCGAUGGAACACACAAUAUCAUUCACAUGUUGGACUAUUUCAAUUUCCGAAAUCACAAAUGCAUCACAUUUGAAUUGUUGAGCAUCAACCUUUACGAGUUGAUCAAGCGAAAUAAGUUCCAGGGAUUCUCACUGAUGGUUAGUUGUUUUUUUGUUUCUUAUAGACCUCGACGCGCUGAUCAAAAUGCUCUAAAAAUGUAGUCACAAGGGGGAAUCGAACCCUUAACCUUCAGAUGAAGACAAGAUUUUUUUUUGAAUUAUUUUCUCGGCUCAAAUAGGAGCUCAGAAGCGUGUACAUUUUGAUCAGCGUUCUAUAAGAAGAUCUAAAAUUUCUGAGCCUCUUAUCCUAAAAUCGAUAUUUUCCAGCUGGUGAGAAAAUUCGCGUAUUCAAUGUUGUUGUGCUUGGAUUUGUUGAAUAAGAAUCGACUCAUCCAUUGUGAUUUGAAGCCGGAAAAUGUGCUAUUGAAACAACAAGGCCGAAGUGGUAUCAAGGUUAUAGAUUUCGGUUCAUCGUGUUUCGACGAUCAAAGAAUAUACACAUAUAUCCAAUCGCGAUUCUAUCGAGCACCAGAAGUGAUAUUGGGCACCAAAUACGGAAUGCCAAUCGACAUGUGGUCAUUGGGUUGUAUUUUGGCUGAACUAUUGACUGGUUAUCCACUUUUGCCGGGAGAAGAUGAGAAUGAUCAAUUGGCUUUGAUUAUUGAGUUGCUUGGCAUGCCGCCGACAAAAGUUUUGGAUCAGGCGAAGCGGGCAAGAACGUUCAUCUCGUCGAAAGGAUAUCCGAGAUAUUGUACAGCUACAGCGAUGCCAGAUGGAACUAUUGUUUUGGCUGGAGCAAGGUUUGUUUUGGGUUCGGGAGAUUGGAGAUUCGGGAAGAAAUUUAUUUUUUUAAAAAUUAAAAUCGAAAAUUGUUUUUGAAAAAUAUAUUAUCUUUCUGAAUCACUAAAAAAAAACACAAAGUUCAAAAUGUCUUGUUUACACUGUUUCUUUAGUGUUUACAUUGGCAGCAUCUUUUAAAAAUGCUCUUGAUUUGAAAAAAACUGCAAAAAUUGGUGAAGAUCUUGAGAGAUUGACUGGAAAAGUAGUCUCUGGUCUUUUUUUUCAAUUAUAUCCGAUGUUUUGCAAAUUUUCCUAGAACUUUCAUUUUUAGAACACAUUUUCAUGAAAAUUCGGGACAAAAUCUUGAGAAAAUAAGAUGACAUCAGAAUGUUUCUACAAAAAUACAUCAUUCGAAAUGCAUCAUUUUGUACCCGCUUCUCCCUUCAAAACCACGUCAUAACCCCCAUAUUUCUUCCAGAUCAAAACGCGGAAAGAUGCGCGGACCACCGGCCUCUCGAACCUGGCAAACUGCGCUCAAAAACAUGGGCGACGAUUUCUUUGUCGAUUUCCUGAAACGUUGUCUGGAUUGGGAUCCAGAGACGAGAAUGACACCAUCGCAAGCACUAAAACACAAAUGGCUGAGGCGACGAUUGCCAAAUCCGCCAAGUCGUGAUGAUGUUGUUGGGGAUAAUGUUGAGGUAAGAGAGAUUUGAACGGGGGGCCUUUUUCUUUUGCGAUUUUUAUGCAGCAAACAGCUUUUUUUCUCACUUUCUGAAAUAGUUUUUAAUACAAAAAUACCAAAAAAAAUGCCCAAUUUGAAGAAAAAGAGCAUCGAAUCGUACAAAGAAAUUGACUCGAAUGCCAAUAUUUUGAUGCGCAAAAAAUAUUGAGGUGUAAGUCGGAGUGUGUUUUUCUCUCUUCUCGUUUUUGGCUGAAAUUCCCACUACUACUACUGUCCUCCGUUUUUCGCUUUUUCUAACAUGGUUUCAUUUUUUGGUUUUUGGAAAUCUGCAGCUAUUUUCAGUUAGUUUUAUAUGUAUAGAAGCUGAAACUGCCCACUCCUUUGAAAUGUGUUGCAUAAUCCCUUUUUCGAACAAGGGGGUGGAGUCUGGAAUGAGGUUUUGAUGAAAAUUUGCCAGAAGCUUAAAAUUAGCUCAGAAUUUUGAUAAACAUUUUUUUAAACCAAAAUUGCAAUUAUUUUUCCACGAUGCAAAAUUGAAUUUCCAAUUUUUCAGCACGAAAUUCGAACUUUUCAAAAUUUCCUUUCUAACCAAAAUUCAGUAUUUUACUUGAAAUUAUGAUUUUUCCCGCAUUAACCACAUGGAUUGAGUUUUUCAUGACAUUUUUCAACUGAGGAUCUCGUUACGAAUUUUUCUUGCAAUUUUCAACCUUUUUGCCAUCUUCAGCGUGCUUGAAUUAGUAUUACUAACAAUUUUCAUCAAAACUUCAUCCCUGGAUCUUGUUCCCUUGUCAAUUUUUCUCAUUACCAAAUCAAUAUUCAAUUUUUUCAGUAA